AUGCGACAGGAUCGAGACGAACCGGUGCGACGCUUUGGUGCCCGCCAACGUGAACAGGCAGAUAUCUGCAGGUUCGUCAUCACGUGCCCUAGUUGCAAGUAUAACGUGAAUUACACCGAUGCCUUUGGGCGUGACAUAUUAAGCCGAGGAAUUGCCGAUUCUGACAUCCAAUUAGACCUCUUAGGAGAUAAAAAUCAGGAUGUGUCAUUGGAGGAGGUAUUCCAGUUCAUUAAAGCGAAAGAAGCUGGGAAAAGAUCAGCCUCAAGACCACUAAACACCUUUUCAGUGGAAGCUGCACGUUCAUCUUAUCAGAGAACCAAGUACCCACUGGAUGAGGAUAAACGGGGCCCAUGCUCGUACUAUGGCAAGCGCGGCCAUGGCACGAAAAGCGCCACACGCAUCCGCAGAAACCAGUGCACAGCCUUUGGUCACAAAUGUGAGCGCUGCCAUCGAGACAACCACUUUGGAACCAUGUGCAGUAGUAAAGACACGCCUAAUGACAGAAGACCAUCACAGACGGAGCGAUUCAAUAAAGGAAAUGCCGUUUUUAAUUCUCUCUGUAACGCAAAAGACGGCUCAUUCUGCUGCGAACCUGUGAAACUCAUUUUGACGGAUGACCUGGCAUUGAUUGCCUCGAACCAUGACGCUUUCCGACACUCGACCCAAUCACUGCCUGACCUUAGGGUGUACGACACCACUGACAGUGAUAUCAAGGAGUGUGUGAUUGCAGCCGCUACCACAUCACUAAAUGCAUUAAACCUCAAGUCAGUCACAUGGGACAGAGUGCGCACUGCCACUGCCAGCGACGAAGAUAUGCUAUUCCGCGAUGAUCUGUCUAAUAUAGACGGCGUCAUAGUUUAUAAAGACCGCAUCGUUAUCCCACCAUCCCUGCGAGACGAAGUGCUUUGCGCCUUACAUUCAGCUCAUCAAGGAGUAACCUCUAUGAUCGCUAGGGCAGAAUCAUCUGUAUUCUGGCCAGGUAUAACGCCUGCUAUUGCAGCACUCCGUGCUAGCUGCCUGCAAUGCAAUCGCAACGCACCAUCUAUUCCUAGCGCUCCACCAGUCCUUUCAACGAGCCCGGAAUACCCUUUCCAGUGUCUCUGUGCUGAUUUUUUCACAUACAAAGGAAACCACUACUUAGUUAUCGUAGAUCGUUAUUCCAACUGGCCAAUAGUUGAAAGGUCCUCAGAUGGGACUCUCGGAUUCAUCUCCUGCCUCAGACGUACUUUUGUAACUUAUAGCAUACCCGUUGAGCUGGCCUCUGACAGAGGGCAGUUUACUGCUACCAUUACUCGACAGUUUCUAGCUGAUUGGGGUGUUCAUCAGAGGUUAUCCUCAGUAGCAUUCUCUCACAGCAACUGCAGAGCAAAGCUCGGCGUUAAGACAGUAAAGCGCCAUCUUAUGGACAAUACAGGUCCCUCCGGAACCAGUGACACGGACUCAUUCCAACGUGCAAUGCUGCAGUAUAGGAACACACCGGACAGAGACACAAAAUUAUCUCCGGCGAUGUGCAUCUUUGGCCGUCCUAUUCGAGACUUCAUACCCAUAAUCCCGGGAAAUUAUAGACCUCAUGAAACGUGGCGCAGCACAUGGAAAGCACGUGAAGAGGCCCUGCGGAACCGCCACAUGAGGUGUGCUGAGAGAUUAUCGGAGCAUAUCAAACGGCUGCAACCACUAGUCGUCGGUGAUCAUGUGCCGAUUCAAAACCAAGUUGGACCGUAUGCACGCAAAUGGGAUAAAACUGGGAUAGUCAUCGAAGUUCGACCAAUACGUGAUAAGCGUUGA